CCAUGCCUCGUCGGCCGGCCUCGUGCGAAAAUCUCGUAUCAGCGGAAUGGCGAUGUUUCAUGCCCGGACUUUCGGCCAAGGUGUGAAGGAUAAUCUGCUAGUACUUUCAACAGUUUUCACUUUAUUUGCCGGUUUAUCAUGCUCGGAACCUUUUUCGGACGGGUGGUUUCCCUUAGAAGAUGUGGUUACACCAUAUGAACAUGGCAAGCACGGCUCCCCUCGCUCUCAUCGACAGAUACGAGAAUGUCAACCAGUCAUAUACGGCAACGUGACUCAUCACAUGCAAAAAUCACACAACUCGGAGCAGAAUGGAAAAGUCCCUUACCCUGUAACUGAUUUGAAGUAUUUUUAUGAUGACCUCCCGCUUGGUGAGCGAGCCCCUGGGCACAUAGUUUGGGUGAAGAAUCCCGCUAGGACAGUCUCUGUCCUGGAGCCAUAUGACACUGGUGGUUGCACCAACCUCCAUAGGGCCACUGUCGCAGCCUCUGCUAAGCAGGAGAAUUGUAUGGUUGCUGUCAAUGCAGGAUUUUUCAACACCAGAACUGGGGAUUGCUAUGGAAAUGUGGUGACCAAUGGAAAACUGGUCCAAUCAAGUGGCUUGCAGAAUGCACAUUUUGGUAUCCGGGCUGAUGGGUCAAUUGUUUUUGGGUAUUUAUCAGAAGAGGAUGUAUUACAGAAGGAAAAUCCAUUCAUACAGCUUGUGGGAGGAGUUGGUUGGUUGCUAAGAGAUGGUCAAAUAUACGUGGAAGAGAGUAGGAAUGCAGAAUGCGAAGAUGUAGAGGAAUCAGGUACUGUUGACCAAUUCUUCAACAUGUUAUCAGCGAGAGUGGCCGUCGGCAGUGAUGAUGAAGGUCAUUUGGUACUUGCAGUGAUAGAUGGACAGAGCAAAGUCAGGGGGCUGUCAUUGUCAUCCUUUGCAUCAUGGCUUCUAUCUCAUGGAGUAAAGAAUGCUAUCAACCUUGAUGGUGGAGGAUCAGCUACCUUUGUGAUCAAUGGUACAGUAGCUAACAAUCCAUCAGAUCAUUGCCGAAACUCUGCCUACCGAUGUCCUAGACAAGUUUCUACCAUUGUCUGUGUUCAUGAGCCAAGAUGUGAUCCAAGAGAUUGUAAUAACCAUGGCGACUGUAUCCAGGGAGUGUGUCAUUGCCAUGCCAACUGGCAUGGUGUGUCAUGUGACCUGCUACAAUGUGGAGACCACAACUGCAGUGAGAAAGGCAUUUGUUCUGGAGAUGGAUGUCGUUGUGAUAAGGGCUACUUUCCCCCGGAUUGCUCAAUGACUUGCCCUAGUGGUUGGUAUGGUCAAGAUUGUAGCCGUCAUUGUGAAUGUGUUCAUGGUGGAUUGUGUGAUCCAAUCAAUGGAGAUUGCAGAUGUCUUCCCGGCUACACGGGAAAAUACUGUCAAGAGAUUUGCCCCAUUGGAUAUUAUGGACCUGGAUGCAAUGAAGAAUGUCAAUGCAGUGAUGAUCUUUGUCCCUGUCACCAUAUAACAGGAUCAUGUAUGCUUCCACACAAUGACUCAUACUAUGGUAGUAUUCUUAAAGUUGGGGAGUGUCUUGCCAGGAGAAUCAUCCGAGAUGAAGCUCUGGUUCCGUACAAUCCUCUCUUGGAAGACCAACUCACCGUGCUCCUCAUUAUAGCGGUUGCCGUGGCAAUCGUCAGCAUCCUGUGCAAUAUCAUCUGCCUCUGUUUUCGCUGCUCCUGCAAGUGCACCUCCUUGUCAUGCGAGAAUGGGUACAGCAUCCCAAAGAAACACGUCUACCAUCAGCUGGACAGUGCAGACUACACAGAGGAAGAUGAAAACCUCUGACCCUUGUGUGACCUUUGACUUGUACAUCCAUCUCCAGUACUUUUGUGUAAUCAGAUUAUUUAUAUGACUUUACAGAUAUAUUGGUAUUGUAUUGAAAUAUUUUUAAUUUCAGGUCUGCUUUGCAGCAUGGGUAUUAAAUGUUAAGUUUCAUGUAUUUGUUUUUUUUAUGUGUUUUACUGACAGUAUUUGUGGAAAUGAUACUGCUGAAGCAGGUGCUCUACUAAUUAUUUGUUAAGGGAAAAUAGAAUCCUUGUAUUUCAAAACUGAUUUAUUUUCAGAAAAAAAUCAGUAAAUUAUGAUUGACAAGUGACAUAUUGUGAUAUUUACCUGCAUUCUGCAGUGUAUAUACAUAUUGGAAAAUGUUUUUAGAAGAUUUUCACUAUUUGCAACUGCUGCAUUACAUAAGGUUUGCAUAUAUUACCAAUGAACAUCGAAUUUGAUGUUAAGAAUACUGAAGAACAUUAAAUGAAUAGUUCUCUGUAUAAAUUAUUAUUUGAAAUAAUAUCAUGCAUUGGGAGGGGGCAAGAACAGAUAUCAACUUGUCUUAUUUUUUGAUAAAUGGAAGCUGCUUGGUAGAUGUCUUGCCGUAUUGUCAUAUAUUGAACAAAACAGGUUAUGAAGUCAGUUCGUGCAGUAACUAACAUGCACCUAAUAUAUUUUUGCACAAAAUUACUAUUUUUUUUUCUGUUUCUUUUAUACCUCAUGGCACUAUUACAUGUUCAUUGUGGUAUGUGUUAUAUACGACAAAGUUGGUACUAAUUUGUUUCUUUCUCUCAAUAUGUACCCCAUUAUGACAUAGUACUUUUAGCAUGUUAUUUUUAUGAAUAUUGGUACUAUUUUAGUUUUAUAUACCUCCGCCCACAGGAGGCAAUGUAUUUCCAGGUCAUUUCUCUACCUGUCCCAUGUAUACAUAUAGGAGUGACAAUUAUGAGUAAAUUGGGGUCUCAAGGUCAAAGGUGACAGUGGUCUUCGUAUACCUGAAAAAGGUAUUGAUCUCAGGAUAAGUAAAGAGCUGUUCAAGGGGUCAAAUCCAGAAUUUGCUCAUGUAUCAGUCUAUACAUGUGAGUGAUGAUGAUCUGAGUAGAUAUUGGGUCACAAGGUCAAAAGGUCACAGAGGUCAUUAUAUACCUGAUAACUAAAGAAUCAUUUGAGGGAUCAUCUUUUGAUAUACAGUAGCUAAUAUAUUUAUAAAAUUAUGGGAGCAAAGAUGAUUUAUGUUGCAGAUUUAAAGGUCAAAAGUCACAGAGGUCAACCAUUUCUUUUUGUCGCAAUAACUUGUAGGCCCUACAUCCUCAGUUCAUGUAUGUUGAGUUUGAAAUAUACAUGUACAUGUAUUUCUAAUGUGGCGAUGUGAUACAUUUUUACUGCAUGCAUUCUAUCUACCUGGUGGGUGUUUCAUAAAGCUGUUAGUAAAGUUACCCAUGACUUGGAAAAUGUUCUUGGGUCAUAAAUCAAUUACAUAUAGGGCUAUCGCAUAACGCAAGAAAGGAUCACCAGUUGUGCAUAAAGUCAUUCGUAUAUUACAAAUAGCUUUAUGAAACACCCACCUGGUAUCUUUUGCUAUGUUAUAGAAAAUUGUGUUACUAAAAAAUAUGCAGUACUAGUGGCUUUGUGAAGUAUAUUUAUGUUAUUUUCAGGAUUUUUCUUGGGUAGAGCUUGGUUUCUUCAUCAGAGGUAUUAUGUGUGUUGCUGUAAUUGUAUCCCUUUUCCAUCAGGGUGGAGCUGUAUUGGAAUACCCAUAGUAUCUAGGUCGGGUCAUUGACCUGUGCGCACCAUUCCAGAGACUUUAUUAUACUUCAUUAUCAGGUGUGUUACCAGGAGAGGAUGCAUUAACAAAUGUACAAUAUUUGAUAUUUUCUGUGAAUAUGGGAUUUUUAUGUUAAAUUUACAAAAAUCAUGCAAUUUGAUCAAUCUGUUUAUAUUUGCUUGCUUUUUAAAAAUAGCAUGGGAGACCUCUGUGUUACCCAUUAGAAUAAUACUGGAGUAUAAUUCACAUUGCUGACUGUUACCAAACUUUAAGGCUUUAAGUCUAAGCUUGGUUUAGCUGUCAGAAUACCACCCUUUGGGUUUGGGGUUGAUAUGUGUAAUGGGGAAAGCAGUCCGUAGUCCAAUCAAGAUCAAACAACUGGAUGUAGGUCAUAAAUAGGUUCGCUCUUAACCCACCUCCAGUAGAUUUGCUGCAUUUUUUUUCCUUGUAAGCUCUGCUUUUGUGUAACCUUUUGAGGGAAUAGACAAUGUUGGUCAAACAGAAGUCUUAGAGACAUCUAAAUAGAUUCCCCUUAUGAGCAAAUGCUUUGUUGAAUUUGAGUCUUCCAUUAUGAAAUUCCAAUUGUGUAUUUAUCUUCAUAUCUAAUUUUGCAUGCUUGCCCCAAAAUUUGGUCACUUUGGCAAUGUGUAUGUGUUUGUUAUUUGCAAUGAUUUAUAUAAAUGGUGUAGGUAUAUGUUGUUUUUUAUAUCAUGUUUUAAUCAGUUAUGGUAAUGGUUAUACCAUUUUGUAUAACAGUG